CCGGCCGGCCGGCCCGGGGGCCCGGCCGCCGCUCCCGGCUGUCAGCGGCCCCUGCCGCACCCCCGCGCCCGCGCCCGGCGUGGCUGGCCGCACGGACCCCGGGGUUUGUUUACGUCCGGGGGAGCACCCGGGGGCCACCCGCGGAUCCCUCGGUCCGCCCGGCUCUUUUGUGUGCCUGCGCGAGUGGCGCGGACCUGCCCCUGCGCGACCAGGGGACCCCCGCGGGGGCGCUUCGGGGAAACUUGGCGCGGGGCAGCAGGGGCUUCCCGCACGCUGUGUGGCGGGGUCGCGGCGUCCGGGACCGCCCGGCGGGCGCGGGUGCCGGCGCGAGGAGCGGGGCUGCAACUUUCCCAGAGCGCAGGCCCCGCGCUGCGCCCCGGCGCGCCGGGUGCCGGGCGAGGGGCGCUUCCUCCCGGCCGCGGGUCCGGGUGGCCCUCACCGCCUGCCAGCCGGCUCCAACGGCCCUAGUGACCUCGGGGGUCCUGCCCUGUCCUGCAGGCGCAAUGGAGCGCGUGGUGGGGCCGUUCCGUGGUGCCUCUUCGGCUCCGGUUCUCCAAAGCGAAGCCCCGGGGCCCCCGCUGGACUGUGGCGUGCCGGCUGGGGAUGCGGGCGCCGAGCCCCAGGCGCCGCGCGAGGAUUGUCCCCCGGCUUCGCCGCCGCCGCCGUGCCCGGGGGGCGCGUUCCUGCCUGUCACCCCCCAGCCAGAGGAGCGGCGCGCCCUCGGGGUUGGCCCCCCGAGUGCCAGCUCCGCGCCGGCCGUGCCUGGACUGCCCCGGGACUCUGCCGGGUGGAUGUUGUGCGUAGCCGGAGCCAAGUUGAAGAGAGAACUGGAUGCCACCGCAACAGUUUUGGCCAACCGGCAAGAUGAAAGCGAACAGUCGAGAAAACGGCUCAUCGAGCAGAGCCGCGAGUUCAAGAAGAACACUCCAGAGGAUCUGCGCAAGCAGGUAGCGCCGCUGCUGAAGAGCUUCCAGGGAGAGAUUGAUGCGCUGAGUAAGAGGAGCAAAGAAGCGGAGGCAGCCUUCCUGAAUGUCUACAAGAGACUGAUCGAUGUUCCAGAUCCCGUGCCAGCUCUGGACCUCGGGCAGCAGCUCCAGCUCAAAGUACAGCGCCUGCACGAUAUUGAAACAGAGAACCAGAAGCUUAGGGAAACGCUGGAGGAGUACAACAAGGAAUUUGCCGAAGUGAAGAAUCAAGAGGUUACGAUCAAAGCACUCAAAGAGAAAAUCCGAGACUACGAGCAGACCCUGAAGAACCAGGCCGAGGUCAUCGCUCUGGAGAAGGAGCAGAAGUUACAAAAUGAUUUCGCAGAAAAGGAGAGAAAGCUGCAGGAGACGCAGAUGUCAACCACGUCGAAGCUGGAGGAAGCGGAACAUAAAGUGCACACUCUGCAAACAGCCCUGGAAAAAACUCGAACGGAAUUAUUUGACCUGAAAACCAAAUACGAUGAAGAAACCACCGCAAAGGCCGACGAGAUCGAAAUGAUCAUGACUGACCUUGAAAGAGCCAACCAGAGGGCAGAGGUGGCGCAGAGAGAGGCGGAAACCCUGCGGGAGCAGCUCUCGUCGGCCAACCACUCUCUCCAACUGGCCUCGCAGAUCCAGAAGGCGCCGGACGUGGAGCAGGCCAUAGAGGUGCUGACGCGCUCCAGCUUGGAAGUUGAGUUGGCCGCCAAGGAGCGGGAGACGGCCCAGCUGGCAGAGGACGUGCAGCGACUCCAGGCCAGCCUCACCAAGCUGCGCGAGAACUCAGCCAGCCAGAUCUCCCAGCUCGAGCAGCAGCUGAGCGCCAAGAACAGCACACUCAAACAACUGGAAGAAAAACUCAAAGGCCAGGCUGACUAUGAAGAGGUGAAGAAAGAGCUGAACAUCCUCAAGUCCAUGGAGUUUGCACCCUCGGAGGGAGCCGGGACCCAGGACUCGGCCAAGCCCCUGGAGGUGCUGCUACUGGAGAAGAACCGGUCGCUGCAGUCGGAGAACGCCGCCCUGCGCAGCUCCAACAGCGACCUCAGCGGGUCAGCCAGGAGAAAAGGGAAAGACCAGACUGAGAGUCGGCGCCCGGGACCUUUGCCGGCCUCCCCUCCUUCCCAGUUGCCCCGCAACCCGGGGGAGCAGGCUUCCAAUACUAACGGUACACACCAGUUCUCACCAGCGGGGUUAAGUCAAGACUUUUACAGCUCAUCCCUGGCGAGCCCCAGCCUACCCCUGGCUUCGACAGGAAAGUUUGCACUAAACUCUCUCCUCCAGCGACAGCUAAUGCAGUCCUUCUACUCCAAGGCCAUGCAGGAAGCAGGAAGCACAAGCGUGAUUUUCCCAACAGGUCCAUACAGCACAAACUCCAUACCUUCCCCAAGUCCGUUACAGCCAAGCCCAGACGUGAACGGCAUGGCCCCGUCCCCCAGCCAGUCAGAAAGUGCUGGCAGCGCCUCCGAGGGCGAGGAGAUAGACACUGCGGAAAUCGCCCGGCAGGUCAAAGAGCAGCUCAUCAAGCACAAUAUUGGACAGCGCAUUUUCGGCCACUACGUCCUGGGACUGUCGCAGGGCUCCGUGAGCGAGAUCCUGGCCCGGCCCAAGCCCUGGAACAAGCUGACCGUGCGCGGCAAGGAGCCAUUCCACAAGAUGAAGCAGUUCCUGUCGGACGAGCAGAACAUCUUGGCUCUCCGUAGCAUCCAAGGCAGACAGAGAGAGAAUCCAGGCCAGAGCCUGAACAGACUAUUUCAGGAAGUACCGAAACGAAGAAAUGGGUCUGAAGGGAACAUCACCACCCGGAUCCGAGCCUCGGAGACUGGUUCCGACGAAGCCAUCAAGUCCAUCCUGGAACAGGCCAAGCGGGAGCUGCAGGUGCAGAAAACUGCGGAGCCGGCCCCGUCAUCCUCGGCGCCCAGCAGUGGGAGCUCAGACGACGCCAUCCGCUCCAUCCUGCAGCAAGCCCGCCGGGAGAUGGAGGCCCAGCAGGCCGCCCUGGAGCCCCCCGUGAAGCCCACCCCGCUGCCGCAGCCCGACCUCGCCCUGCUCACCCCCAAGCUGCUGUCUGCCUCGCCCAUGGCGGCCGCGUCCAGCUACGCUCCUCUCGCCAUCUCCCUAAAGAAGCCUCCGGCGGCCCCCGAGGCCGGCGCCUCGGCUCUGCCCAACCCCCCGGCCCUCAAGAAGGAGGCCCAGGAGGGCCCCGGGCUGGACCCCCAGGGAGCAGCGGACGCUGGGCAGGGGGUCCUGCGGCACAUGAAGAGCGGGGCCUGGAAGGACCACUGGUGGGGCGCCGUGCAGCCCGAGCGCCGGACCCCCGCCUCCGCCGAGGACGCCAAGGCCGAGGAAGCUGGCGGCGGGGGCGGGAAGGAAAAGGCGGGCAGCAGCCAGCCGCGGAGCGAGCGCUGCCACCCGCAGGGACCCCCGUCCUCGGAGUACUGGAAGGAGUGGCCCAGCGCCGAGUCCCCCUACUCACAGAGCUCGGAGCUGAGCGUGACCGGGGCCAGCCGCAGCGAGACGCCCCAGAACAGCCCCCUGCCUUCCUCCCCGCUCGUGCCCAUGGCCAAGCCCGCCAAGCCCUCGGUGCCACCGCUGACCCCCGAGCAGUACGAGAUCUACAUGUACCAGGAGGUGGACACCAUCGAGCUCACCCGACAGGUGAAGGAGAAGCUGGCCAAGAACGGCAUCUGUCAGCGGAUCUUCGGGGAGAAGGUGCUGGGCCUGUCCCAGGGCAGCGUCAGUGACAUGCUGUCCCGGCCGAAGCCGUGGAGCAAGCUCACCCAGAAAGGCCGAGAACCCUUCAUCCGUAUGCAGCUCUGGCUGAACGGCGAACUGGGCCAGGGCGUCCUGCCUGUCCAGGGGCAGCAGCAGGGGCCAGUCCUCCACCCGGUGCCGCCACUACAGGACCCCCUGCAGCAGGGCUGCGUGAGCUCAGAGAGCACCCCAAAGACCUCCGCCAGCUGCAGCCCUGCCCCCGAGUCCCCAAUGAGCUCCAGCGAAUCCGUGAAGAGCCUGACCGAGCUGGUCCAGCAGCCCUGCCCCGUCAUCGACGCGAGCAAGGACGGCAAACCGCCCGAAGCCAGCGACCCCCCGGCCUCCGACUCCCAGCCCAGCACCCCGUUGCCUCUCCCCGGACACUCGGCCCUCAGCAUCCAGGAGCUGGUGGCCAUGUCCCCCGAGCUGGACACCUACGGCAUCACCAAGAGGGUCAAGGAGGUGCUGACGGACAACAACCUAGGUCAGCGCCUGUUUGGGGAGACCAUCCUGGGACUCACCCAGGGCUCCGUGUCCGACCUCCUUGCCCGGCCGAAGCCCUGGCACAAGCUCAGCCUGAAGGGCCGGGAGCCUUUUGUGCGCAUGCAGCUGUGGCUCAAUGACCCCAACAACGUGGAGAAGCUGAUGGACAUGAAGCGGAUGGAGAAGAAAGCCUACAUGAAGCGGCGGCACAGCUCGGUCAGCGACAGCCAGCCCUGUGAGCCGCCCUCGGUGGGCGUCGACUACAGCCAGGGCGCCAGCCCGCAGCCCCAGCACCAGCUGAAGAAGCCGCGCGUGGUGCUGGCGCCCGAGGAGAAGGAAGCGUUGAAGCGAGCCUACCAGCAAAAGCCAUACCCGUCACCAAAAACCAUCGAAGAGCUCGCCACCCAGCUCAACUUGAAAACCAGCACUGUCAUUAACUGGUUCCACAACUACAGGUCUCGGAUCCGCAGAGAACUGUUCAUCGAGGAGAUCCAGGCCGGGAGCCAGGGCCAGGCGGGCGCCAGCGACUCGCCGUCGGCCCGAAGCGGCCGCGCCGCGCCCAGCUCGGAGGGCGACAGCUGCGACGGCGUGGAGGCCGCCGAGGGCCCGGGCGCCGCCGACGAGGAGCCGGGCGGCCCCGCGGCCGCCGCCAAGUCUCAGGGAGGGCCGGCCGAGGCGGCCGCGGCCCCGGCCGAGCGGGAGGAGGCGCCGCGGCCCGCGGAGAAGACGGAGCCGCCGCCCGCGGGGCCCGCGGGCCCGGACGACGCCCAGGACGCGGGCCGGCCCAGGCCGCCGCCCGAGGCCCCAGCGGACGGCCCGCGGCCCGUGCCAAACCCCGCCGCCGCGGCCGGGGAGGACGCCGCUACCUCAGCCGCGCGGCCCGCCGAGGGGAGUUCCGCGUUGCCAAGCACCAGCGCGCCGGCCGCCCGCAGGCCCAGCUCGCUGCAGAGCCUCUUCGGCCUCCCGGAGGCGGCGGGCGCCAGGGACUCGCGAGACAACCCCUUGAGGAAGAAGAAGGCCGCGAACUUGAACAGCAUAAUCCACCGCCUGGAGAAGGCCGCCAGCCGGGAGGAGCCCAUCGAAUGGGAGUUCUGAGGGCCGCCACGCGCCGGGCCGGCCCGGCCCAGCCCGCCCCGCCGAGCCCGCGCGAGAGGCCCGGCCGGGGCGGGGCCGGGGCGGGGCCGGGGCGGGGCCGGGGCGGGGCCUGGCGGCAGUGGGGCUGAGGCCGGGGCGGGGCCGGGGCGGAGCCGGGCGGCGGCGGGGCGGGCGCCGGCUCCCGCGGCCCGGACCGAGUUGCGCACUUCAGCGCCCUGCGGGCCACAGGGCAAAAUCGCCAUAGGCCAAGGUGCAUAUAGAAAACAGGAGCAUUAAGCCCAAUCUAUGUCGUGUUUUCAAGGAAGAAAACGGAAAUGUGUAGUCGAGCUUUUUUGUACCCUGAAGUGUUUUUUUAUUGCCCUAAGUGAUUUCCACAGGUUCUGGAAUAACUCUUACAGCUUUGCCUUGUGCCCUCCUCGUGGUGUGGGCUAAAAAAAAAAAAAAAAAAUCAAACCCACAUAUGAAAAGGGGGCUUUUUAUCCGCCAUCUAAUGGCUUCAGAGCGAUAAUACACUAUUAUCUUCUUAAACCAGGAAGGGGGGGAGGGGGUUUUUCAGAAAAAAAAAUUUAAAAAAAGAAAGUUUUUGUAGCUGUUCAGUUGCCACUAAGAGAUUGCACAGUCAAACCGACUCUAAACACACUAGUUUGGAUUCCUAAAUAUUUUCAAGAAAAGAAUCUUCUCCUUUGAAACUUUGAAUUAAGAUUAAAAAAAAAAAAACACACAUUUACUCCACCUAUUUUUUAACAAAAGAGAAAAGUCACAUCAGGAAACUCUGAUUUUUGUGGUAGCUGAGGUAGUGUUUUCUUGGACGUGAAUAGAAUCCUGACACGUAGUGCACAUUGAUCCAUAGCUUUAACUGACCCUGGGCUUUUCCGGCUGGGGUCUGUUUAAUACACUCCAUUCUAGGCCAAAUCAGGACAGAAAAAAAGAAAAAAAAAAAAAAGAAAAAAAAAAGAUCCGAAUCUAGGUAUUUUAUAAUCUGCUUUUUAACCUCUAACCACAGAGCACGCUGAUCAGACCUCAUAUGGAGGUUUAGGAGACAAGUUAGAACUGUAGCAUGUUCCUGUUCAUCUUUGUUUAAUUUAUGCUGUCUGCGUCCGUGGUGGUGCGUCUGCACGUGUGCCAGCCUCAAGAGAAAGCAAGAAAUGGGUGGGCCCCCGGGUGGCAGAAGGCACCUCCCCUCCUCUCGCCCCCCCUCCCUCCAGGGACGCAGCUCCCUGGGCCUGGGCAGCCCCCCCCCCCCCGCGUACUCCCUCUGUCCCCCUUCUUCCCACCGAAAGCACUGAUGGCCCUGUUGACCUCGUGGGAAGCUCCCUUCCCCUGGAGGAGAGCGCGCGGGGCGGCCUGGCUCCACUCCCACCCCCGCAGAGGCGGCCCAGACUCCCGGCGGCGCUCCUCAGGCCCGGGCGGGCCAUUUGCCCUUCCUCCAUUUUGCCUCUUGGGAAGUUGCUUUAUGCACAGUUUAGGGCAGUCUAAGUACAAAUCACAAGUCUAACUUGUCUCUGACUCCUCCUGUUGUCUAUGUGUAGAUGCGUGAGACUAGAGGCGGGUGCGAGUGUGCGUGAGCGUGCGUGUGUGCAAUUUUAUACGUCUGUGUAUUUUCUUAAGUACCUGUGCACACAUAGAGAGUGCAUUACUGCCACGUUUUUUCAAUAAGCUGUUUUAUCAGUUAUGGCUUCUACAAGUUGGCUAAUUUACACUCCUUUAUUGCCAUAUCUUUAAACUAACAAUAGAUGAUUUCGGUAUAUAUAUAUAUUUUUUUUUGCUUAUUUAUAGGUGCUGUAUUUUAUUAUCUGAUUGUUAGGAAGGGAUGAGAGGGGCAAAUAUUCUUUAGAGGGGUAGACUGCCGGCAGUAUUGGGUAUAAUUUACAAGAUGUAGUCGUCAUACUGUAUAUUACUGAUUGAAAACGUAUUGUGUAUCAUUGAAACCUUUGUCUUAGGUCAACAUCUUUGGAUGACAUUUUAAUGGUGCAUUCAUUAUUUCUUAAGUUUAAUUAAUAUUACUUUUUUUUUGAUUGGGGGGGGUGGGAGGGAGUUCCGGUUUUACAGGUAUGCUCCCGCUGUUACACCUCUGUGUGCUUGUCGUUGAUUAACUUGUAGGACUUUGACUGUAAGAUGUGAAACCACAUUUCUUGCAUGACGUUUUUAGAAAUUACGGAUUUCCUUUACAGUCUAGUGAACCUGCAGCCGCAGCGUUUAGUGGACGCUUUCACAGAUCUAGGAGUCACUACACGGAAAGACACUGCCCGUUGGUGGACGUGAGGUCUUCAGAAGGCUCUAGGAGGCUGGGAGGCAGGCCGUGUGGUCGUCUCUGGACGGCUGCGCGGUUCCGGAACUGGAAAUCGGGUUCCGCGAGACGGGCGUUGGAGAGGGAGGCUUGGAAGGGGAAGCGGGUUGGACACCGGGCUGGACUCGGGUGCGAGUUAGGAAGUGUAGGUCCCUGGAGGGCGCGGUCUCUGCAGCUCUCUGUGUCCGGUUCAGUGGGAACUGGCUGGCGGGGGAUUGUGGCGCGACCAUUACCUGCCCCGGGUUCAGUGGGAAGAGCCUGAGAAGUGUGGAUUUGUCCACCCCAGUGGCCAAGCAGUCCGACAGCCAUUCGGCUCUUCUAAGCAAUUUAGCCCUGUUCUCUUUCUUUUCUUCAAUUUUAAUUUUUAACCAGAUUGUUGUUGAUUUCCAUUCUGUCUACUUUUUUUGGUCUUUUUUUUUUUACUUUUGGCCAGACUUACAUCUGGGUGCUCGAUACAAUCAGUUGGUUAAAUUUUGCUUGCAGUUCUGUGUUUAUGUUUUUUUCUUAUUAUUUAUUUUAUUAUUUUUUUUUGAAAUUGAGAUCCCCAACCUCACACUCUUUUGUGUUAGGCUAUCACUGUCGUAUUUCUAUGAGCUGCCACUAAGUAACAGAAACUGGGGCAGGAGUGCACCCCCCUCCCCCUCCGUGCUGGCCCUGAACCCCGGGCGGGCGCCUGCAGGUUCACCUCUGGUCUCGAAAAGCAAUAUUCAAGUGCCUUGAAUAGCGCCCCCUCCGCGUGGUUAACCCCACCCUCCCACACCCCACCCCGCUGGCUGGCCAUCCAAGCAGUAGCUCCCCCAGGCAGCCCGCCCCCACCCCUCCUCCUCCUCCCCCGCCCUGCUCUGUCAGCUUCAAAAGCUGGACAGGGCCCUCCCCUGGGGAAAGCACCUCCACUCAGAACACUAACGCUUAGCCACGAGGCUCCGCUGUACCACGUGCGGCCGCCUCUCGGUGCUCACUAGAGGGGCCCCGGCCGUGGUCAGCCUCCCGACGCUCGGCUCCCGCCCAGGAAAGGAAACGUGGAAGCGUCCAGUUUCUGUCCCCUAGACCUCUCUCUAGAGAGGAUUAGCACAGCCCUUGAGCCAGCGCCACACGCGGGGGCCUUGGACCGUGCGGCCCCGGGCCACAGUCACUUCCCUAGGUCCUUCCGAAGCACAAACGCCUCCCUCCCGGCUUCCUUCCUGUCGCCAUCUCUGUUCUCACCUCCCUGUCCACCCCGGAUGUUUAGGUCGGCUGGCCGUCAGGCCGGGCCUGGGGCUGAAGGCAACAGAGGUCGGGCACUGCAGCCCCCAGCCCAGGCUGACCAACCCUGUCUGCUCCCAGGGCCAGGCCCCAGCCAGCAGAGCGGGAGGCGGGAUGUGUGCGCCGCAGAGGGAAGGCGCCAGGUGUGGCCGCCUGCCCUGAGAGCUGGGGACGGGCGUGAGCAGGUGGGCUUGCUUACAGGCAGGUGCCUUCCCGGCCUAGGUAGGCCCCGAUGUCCAUUCCUGCUGAGCGUGCGUCCUGUCGGUUGUGCGGCGGCCGUCUGUGACCUAUGUGGACCUUCUAUGCAACGCUGUCCAUUGCUGAGAGCUGGCAGGGGAGCCAAGGGCAAGACGCGCCAUCCGUGUGGGAUCAGCACCAAGUCCAGGGAGGGGGUGAUGACGGGCAAGACCCGGACCGAGCCUUGGCCUUAAACGCACCGGCAGGCGCCCCUCCACGGGGCCCGUGGGAGGCGAAGGCUGUGCGGGGCAGGCCCGAGAGGCGGCUCCUGUCCCUCACACUCCUUGCUCGCUCGUCCCCUUCUACCUCACUAACCUGUGCUCCCUGUGUGCUGUAGCGCCUCGUGGCGGGCGGGGGUGGGGGGCAUCUCGGCCUGGUGGGUGGGUUUAUCGUGUGGCUGGAACCAGUGGCGGCGGGGCUUCUGGGAGGCGCGUGGGGUUGGCUCUUGACUUGCACCUGUCCCUGAGGCUCUCGAAGCUGUGUGCCCCACGGCGGGGCGUGCGUGGUCUCGGGCCAGGGAGGCGCCGUCUUUGGUCCCGUGUUGUUUCCUGCCUUCCCUGCUCAGCUGUUCCUGUCCAUCCCCACCCUGACCCUGGCCCUGGCCCUGGGCUGCCCUCCCCACUGCCCCAAACCCUGUGUCUGUCCUGUCUCCAGCACUGGCAGGGGUCCUAGUUUGAUGUCACCACCAGCUCUCCCCUGCCAACACCAGCCGUCCCGAGGACGGGAAAGGGUCUCUGACCACAUGACCCUUUCUUCCCAAUAGCAUGAACCUGCUUCUGCCCAGAGCCAAAGGACACCAGCCCCCAGGCUGCUGGCCGCCUGCGGGGGCACCGGCUCCCGUGCUCGGGGUAGAGAUGGGGAGACGCAAGGGUCUGGCGUUAUCCGGGGAACGCGGACGCGCUUCUGUGCUGUCUGGGGCAGGGAGGGGGGUGUCCCGACCACCAGGGCUGGGUGGAGGCUGACAGUUCCAGCUUCCUGUCUGGCUCGCACACCUGUGCGCUGAGAGUGAUCUGCUUUGACAAAACUGCUCCCAGCCCCGUCCCGUUCUGCCUUUCUGUAGAUGAAAAUUUCCAGGGAAAAGGCAAGUCCCCAGUUACCGAGUUCCAAAAAGAGCCCAGCCUGUGAAACCCUUAGAGGUGGGGCGGAAGCCCCAGCCAGGACCCUCAGGGUCUGUCCCGGCGGACAGGGAGAGGGAACGGGGAGCCACGGGCUUGCGCACCCCACUCCCAGUCGGCGACAGAGAAGGGAAUGCGCCUUCGUCCUGUCUGCUCCACUCCCAGGGCCUGUCCCUUCCCUCCCGGCACCCCCCAACCCCUCCACACACACACACGCACGCACACUCCCGCGCCCCAGAUCCCAGGUCCCCGGCGUCAGUGGCAUCUUGUUGAGUUUUGGUGUUUGGAUGACAUUUAGCUUUAACAAGACAUUUUCCCAAAGCGCCCGGUCUCCCAAAUGCUAACUUGAAAAGUUGGGCAUUGUAGGUGUAGAAUCCUGAGUCUUCAGGCGAGUGUGAGUGACAAACGCGAGGCUAUGCAGACGUGUGCACUGCCCCCCCCCGGCCCCCCACGACCCUCACCUUCUCUAAUGCCUUUGCGUUGCUUUCCGUGGGUCAUUUGCGUUUGUUCAGAGACGUCCCGACGUCAAGGCUGCAGUACUGUAAUUCCCGUAGUGUGUCUAGGCUUUCAUUUCUCCCGCAGAAUAUGCUGUGUGUUUCAUGUCAAGCUUUCUGUAAUCAGAAAGAAAAAGGUGCCUUAUACCCCAAUGUCACGGCCGCACCCCUCUGGCAAGCACUCACAAGCACAGCGUGGACAGAAGCUCUGGGGGCCCCUCCCGGGGACAGGGACGGCAUCCGGCACCACGCACCCAGGUGGCGCGGGGCUGAGGCCGUCAGUUCACGAUUCCCGCCGCUCUCCCCUUUUCUCUUUGUUGUCCUUUUUUUUUUUUCCCCUCCCUCUGUGGUUUGCUUUAAACAGAAAGCACUUAAGUAGAUGAGUGCGUGUGAGAGCUCUGUGCAAUAGAUGUCGUGCCCCUGGGUCUGUAAGCGCUAACGUGUUGCACACCAAAUGACCCCCAAGGCAGCUUUGCAGCAGGCUGACAGGUCAUGGAUGAGGCCGUUGACGGGCCCGAGGGGGAACAGGCCUCCCUCACCCCCUCCAGCCUCCCAGCGCACCCCUGGCUGACCGCCGAGCCGGGGGGGCACGUGUGCAGGGCCCCCCGGGGCUCUGGCCCCAGCUGCUGGCCUGGGCGGGCCUGGGCGGGGAGCAGCUGAGAACCUUCCCGAGUGUCUAUGAGACCUCGGCCACCCCUCCCUGCGCUUACCCUUGUCAUGUGGAGACGGACUUUCUGCUACUGACCGGCCCGCGUGCGUGAUCAUGGGAUGUUUCCUCGAAGGGGGGAGAAGAAAGAAGCGCUAUCUGUCUAGCCUCUUCUAUUUAUUUUUGGGUUGAUGGUCGAAGUCCCUAUCAGGGCCAUGUUGUGUCGUGACGUCGUCGUUAUAAACGGUUUUUGCUGUCACUCCGGUGGUCGUUGCCCUCUGCCUCCGCCCUCCCCUCCCCCAGAGAACUGAAGAGUGUUGGGGGGGAGUGCCAGGGGGAGGGGCGCCCAGGGGUUCGCCCCCCCCCCCAGCAGAACAGGCUCCUGAGUGGCCUCCACGUGUCUAACGGUUAGGAACCAGAGUUCACGAACAAAAGCCCACCUGUGUGCGGAAGUGCCAGGCGGGGCCGGGGGGUGGGGGGUCGUGUGGUGGGGGCUGGAGGGGGGGCACGGAGGAAGCUCAGGUCCCCCGAAGCCUCCUAGAGCCUCUGUGACGCCUUCUAGGUUCAGGAAGUUGGGGCGUGCACCCCCCGGGGCCGCCAUGUGUGGGUAGGUUUCUACAGCCCCGGUCGGUCGGGGUGUGGGGCUCCGAGGCUCCCGGAGCACGAGGGCGGCUGAGGCUGAUGGCGGAGCUCUCGGCCCAGCAGGAGGAGGCCCACCCCAGUCCUUCUGGGCUCUGACCUUGACCUUGACCUUCUCUGAAAUGGGGGGGAGGGGCCUGAUUGUGUUCUGUUUCUUUGAAAGAAAGUCCUCCACUGAAGUCAUGGCCUCCAUCCCCCCCCACCCCACCCCCGCCUCAAGGAUUUUUAUUUUAUUUUUCUAUGAUUAGUCUAUGCAUUUCUUCUCCACCCGCCCCCACCCGGUGUUCUGCCUGUCCUGUGGAGGAGACGGGCGUCUCAUGUCCCACCCUCUGAGACCACCUCCCCCCCAACCUCAGAAAAUGCUGUGCAUUUCGGAGACGUGAGAAUUCCUGAAAAAGAUUCUUCAAGCAUUUGAGAAUAACUAAGAAGGGGGUGGGGAGCCACGCGGCCGCCCCCGCCCCGCCCCGCGCCCCGUCCUCCCGUGCAAUAACUACUCAGCAAGCGGGGCCGCCGGCCCUCCCUAGACUACUAGCGGCACGAGAGGCGACAGCCCGGCUCAGCGCCCCGCGCCCCGCGCCCCGCGGCGUCUACACCCGAGCAGUAUUUUCUGUCUUCUGUAGCGCGCUAAGUCUUACAUGUUCUCAGAGCCCGUUGGUUAAGACUCAACACCGACCACAGGCCAUCUUCCUUUACUUCUCACAGAGACUCCAAUUGACCAAAAAGGAAAAAAAAAAAAAAAAAAAGGAAAAAAAAGGGCGUCUCUUUUUUCCUUUUUUUUUUUUUUACAUGAAUAGCUUUGAGAAGCCUCAGCUGUGUGACCGCAACUCAUCUCCGAUAAGAUUUUAUUUCUUUGUUUUCCACACUGAGUCGAGUCGAUCCGGCUGGCGUGGGGGGGGAGGGGUGUACCCGUCGGCGCUCUGGCAUUGUCUCUCUGUCUUUGGUUAGCCAUAGAUGUUUGUUCUCAGCACUGUACAAGGUCCCUAUGUGACACGGAGAAGCAAUACCACUGAAUGAAACUCACACCAUGUAUUACCCACUAGCACCCUAGGUGUGAUCAUUGAAGUAAAUAUCUUUUAUACAAACACAA